AUAUGAAUUUUUGACACAGUAUUUUUCUGUCCGUAUUGUGUUUUGGUUGUGUUUUUUAUAAUUUGUGUUAUAAAUUAAUUUCGUGACUGCUGUGUUGUGUUACUUUUCUAAUGUUAUUUAAGUGUUAACAGCAUCCAACAUGCCGGUGUUCCACACAAAGAUUAUCGAGAGUAUUUUAGAGCCAGUGGCUCAACAGGUUUCACGUCUGGUGAUCCUCCAUGAAGAAGCGGAAGAUGGCAACGCUAUGCCAGACCUGGCACGGCCCGUGCAGGCUGUGUCGCUGGCAGUCAAUAACUUAGUCAAGGUUGGCCACGAAACUAUCGAAUCAUCAGACGACGUGGUCCUUCGAACUGAUAUGCCAGGCGCAUUGCGAAGAGUGGAAGGUGCCGCCACAUUGCUGCAGCAGGCCUCCGAUAUGUUGAGGGCUGACCCUUACUCCGGCCCUGCCAGGAAAAAGCUGAUCGAAGGGUCCCGUGGAAUUCUUCAAGGUACAUCGGCGCUGCUUCUCUGUUUUGACGAGUCGGAAGUCAGAAAAAUUGUCAAAGAGUGCAAAAAGGUUCUAGAUUAUCUGGGCGUAGCUGAAGUCAUCGAUACAAUGGAAGAUUUGGUCCAGUUCUUAAGAGACAUCUCCCCAGCACUAUCAAAAGCAGCCAGAGAGGUAGCGGCGCGAGCGUCAGAAUUAACGCAUCCUCCACACGCGGAAACAUUAACGCGAUGCCUGGAGAGUGUGAAGCGCCUUGCGCCGGUCCUGAUCUGCGCUAUGAAGAUAUACAUACACAUCCUGUCUGAGGGGGGCAAAGGGAUUGAAGAUGCGGCUGAGAACAGAAAUUAUCUAGCGCAACGGAUGGCGGAUGAAAUACACGAAAUUAUUCGAGUGCUUCAGCUGACGUCGUACGUGGAAGAUGGCGGCGAGAAAGACAACGUAGCGGUUCUGAAAGCGCUGCAGAACAUGAUUCACAACAAAACGGGCGCUGCGCACGAGUUCCUUAACGAUCCAGAUGCACUUCGCAACAGUUUUGGUGAGAGGGCGCUGCGAUCAGUUUUAACAUCAGGACAAAGGGCAGCGGAACACUUGGCGCCCGCGCAGGCUGACACUCUGAGAAGGACUGUCAGAUCCGGCGGGAUUAAUGCGGACUUGUUAUGCGACGAGCGACAAUAUGGCCACGGACGAGAACCUAAGGCGCAAAAUCUAGCAUCGGAGUUACGUGGGCAAAUCAAUGAAGUGGACAGCGUCGUCAACGAGGGAGUCCGCGCGGCCGAGAAGCAAGGAGGGAAGACCCUUGCGGCCAGAUUGGAGACAGCUCACAAGUGGUUGUUGCACCCUGCCGCAGAUCCGUCCACCAGGAUCGAGGGGCAGAAGGCCAUCAACAGCAUCGUUUCCCAGGGACAGAGGAUAGCUGACAAUCUUCAAGGUAGAGAAAAGGCAGAAGUCAUGCAACUGUGUUCGGAAGUGCAGAGGUUGGCCAACCAGUUGGCCGACUUGUGUAUGAGUGGCCAAGGGGACACGGAAGAGGCCAGGGCUGUUACCAGGGAUUUGACGGACAAGCUGCACGAGCUGAAGCGCAGUAUGGAGCGCGCAGUCGUCAACAGGGUGGUGGAGGAUUUCAUUGAUGUUGCGGCUCCUUUGAGGCACUUCACCGACGCUGUCAAUGCUCCUGAAGGAACUCCGGGUCGCGAGGCAAACUUCCAUGACAGGUCGAAUGCUCUGGCGGCGUUCAGCCAGAAAGCGGCCGCCGCCGCCGGCAUGGUCGCAGCCGGGGUCAGGCAUAACAAGAGGCUGGCUGACCAACUCAUACACAACGCACAGGAGGUGGAGAAACUUUCCCCUCAACUGAUCUGCGCCGGCAAAAUCCGUUUGCACUAUCCUGAUAGCAAAGUAGCUGAAGAACAUUUCAACAAUCUGAAAAACCAAUACUCGGACGCAGUGUUGCGUUGCAGAGACCUUUGUGACCAGGCUGUCGAUCCUUUGGACUUCGUCAGAACUGCUGGUGAAUUGAUGCAAAAGCACACAUACUUAUGUGAGGAUGCCAUCCGUAACAACGACUCGCAGAAAAUGGUUGACAAUACUUCAGCUAUCGCUAGGUUAGCGAAUCGAGUUCUUUUAGUGGGAGGUUCAGAAAGAGAAAACACAGAAGAUGGCGAAUUCGCGGCCGCCAUUGCUGCGGCGCAACAAAGACUACAGGCGGCCAUAGCGCCCGCGGUACGCGCCGCUAAACGAGUAGCGCUCAACGACCGUACUGCCGUCCCGGUCUGGCGCGCCGCCAACAACGAGAUAAUCAAAGCAGCAAGCGGCGUGGAAGAAGCCCUAUCUCGCCAAUACGCGCCACCACCGCCGCCACCAGCCUUGCCCGAAGCCCUCAGCGCCCUGCACAUUGCGCCCCAGCACGCGCCGCCCCGUCCCCCGCCCCCUGCGCUCAGCGCACCCCCGCGCCCGCCACCUCCGGACACGGACGACGAGGGAGAGGACAUCUUCAGGAGGCAGCCUCACCCCAGCCAGCCUAUAUUGGUGGCCGCACACAACUUGCACAAGGCAGUGCGGGAGUGGUCGUCCAAAGACAACGAGAUCAUCGCUGCGGCCAAACGUAUGGCCAUCCUUAUGGCCAGGCUCUCGGAUCUGGUGCGAUCUGACUCUAAAGGUAGCAAGCGCGAGUUGAUAGCGACGGCCAAAGCGAUCGCUGAGGCGUCCGAGGAAGUCACUCGUUUGGCCAAGAAGCUGGCCCUGGAAUGUACCGACAAGAGGAUAAGAACCAAUUUGCUGCAAGUGUGCGAAAGAAUUCCGACCAUCGGCACUCAACUCAAGAUCCUUUCGACCGUCAAAGCCACCAUGCUGGGUGCUCAAGUCGGAAUGCCGGAUUAUAAAGGUAGCGAGGAGGAUCAAGAAGCCACGGAGAUGUUGGUUGGAAACGCACAAAACUUGAUGCAGAGCGUAAAGGAGACGGUGAAAGCGGCCGAAGGGGCUUCCAUCAAGAUUCGUACGGAGCAAGGCGCCUACCGUCUACGCUGGGUGCGUCGCUCGCCGUGGUACCAGAUCUAAAGGAUGUACCAGCUACCAUGGAACAACGUCACAAACAUACACUUCAUAUCCUCACCAACUUUAUACCAUGUACCCAUUUUAUACUCUGUAGUCUGUACCACCCAUGUGCCCUUACCUUUACAUUAUACAUAACCAGAACGCUAGCAAAAACGAAAACAGGUUAUAGUACUGAUGAUUACUGAUAUGAUACCAUAAAAAAAGCUGCGACUUUUUAAAGUCCUGUAUUUUUUUAAAGUUCACAACAUCUGACUGACGCUAGAGGUCAAUUAACUUCUGCCCAUAAAAGGUAGUGAAACUGUACAUUGUGAUUGUGUUGUGAAAUUACCCCUUCUAAUGAAAAACGUGUGAUUAUAGAAAGAAAGUGCCAUUGGUUAGUGCUUUACAGAAUAAUAUUGAAUAUUAAAUUAUACACAAUGAGUGUAUAUAAAUAUACACAAAACUAAAACUAGUUAGAACUAUUAGAUUGACAAGAAAUUAAACAUAACGAAAAAUAGUUUUUUUAAAGAUUUCUGUAUUUUCCUUUUACAUAAAUUGAACUAAAAAAAAUUUGAGGUAGACAUUCUCUUGAAUCUUUGUGUCUAUUAGUUUGAAUUGAAUCUAAUACUUCCUUAGAUAAAAGUAGUCCGUUUUUAAUGUUUUCACUAUCAUUAGUUGAUAGUAUUUUAGUUUUGUGUAUAAUAAAAAUUAGUGUAACAGCUGUUAGUAUUAGGUAAUAACUAUAAAAUAUAUAUUUUAAUAUGAAUUAGUAGUAAUAUUAUUGUAACGGUAUAUAGUUUUGGAAUAGUCUGCUGAGUACUCUUUUGAUUAAAAAAAAAAUUUAACUAAAACAUGUAACAUGGCUAAAUUAUGGUGUGGACAUACCUUAAGUUGCAAUAUUAAAUUAAAAGCGUUAGUUAAUUCGAUUGGAUGCUACACAAAAUUUACUAACAGGACUAAAAUUAGUGCGAUAAUUUUCACAAUGUUCACUUGCGUUUUAGAUACAUUUUAGUUUAAUUUUAGUUUUUUGUACAAUUCAAUUAGUUCUAGGGCUUCAUGCUUUAACUUGACUCGCGAAGUUUGUUAAGUAGAUGUUAUCUAAAAAUUGACAUGAUAUAAAAGUGAUAUAAUAUAUUUUUAUAUGAGUGGAUGAAUGGAAAAAUACCACUAAAAACUAAAACUAAUAUUAUUCUAGACUUAAUAAUAAAUAAUGUUGUAAGAAAAAAAUGUAGCUAAAUAUACAUACUUUUUUUUUUGCUUUUUCUGUUGAUUAACGUGAUUACUUUUAAGUCUGUAUGUCAGUGUGUUUAUAUGUAACAUUUUAUAGCAACGAUUUUACUCUUUUUUUUUGUUAAUAGGUGUAGUCUUAUUUAUUUUUUAAUAAAGCUUUUUAAUUUA